AGCAUCCUUUGGCGGAGAGCGCGGCCGUUUCACAACGCGGUAUAUUUUCCCCCUCACACUCUCUCUGCUGAACUGAAGCUCCCACAGAAGGUAGCGCUAUCCGUUCUGCUCAGAGCGCUUUCCCCGUGCGGCCACCCAAAACCCCACAAGAGACGGCAAAACUAUAACGCAUCGGCCGCACUCUGGACAAAAGACGGAGCCGGUGGAAGAAUUUUCGCUUGCGAAUAACCAGGAAGGUAAAAGGUAGCUGCGUUCUGGCAGGAAUGCAACAUGACCUGCCGGGGUUGGGAAUUUCAACUCUUCGGCCAGGAAGCCAGCUGAAGCGCACGCCGCGCCCUCCUCCAUGUUCGGCCCGACACUUCCAUGGACGGCAAACGGGGGCCGCCCCGCUAAUUCUGACGCCUCCGGCAGCUCGUCUCUAAGGGGGGUGGUCCUGCUGUCGCCGGGCGACCCCGGCUUCGCCCGCAAGGACAUCAAGAUCGACGGGGACCUGGUGCUGGGCGGGCUCUUCCCCGUGCACGAGAAGGGCCAGGGCAUGGACGAGUGCGGGCGCGUGAACGAGGACCGCGGGAUCCAGCGCCUGGAGGCCAUGCUGUUCGCCGUCGACCGCAUCAACGCCGACCCCGCCCUGCUCCCCGGCGUGUCCCUGGGAGCCCACAUCCUGGACACCUGCUCCCGGGACACCUACGCGCUGGAGCAGUCCCUGGAGUUCGUGCGCGCCUCGCUCACCAAGGUGGACGACACCGAGUACAUCUGCCCCGACGGCUCGUACGCCCUGCAGGACGGCAGCCCGCUGGCCAUCGCCGGCGUGAUCGGCGGCUCCUACAGCAGCGUCUCCAUACAGGUGGCCAACCUCCUGCGGCUCUUCCAGAUCCCCCAGAUCAGCUACGCCUCCACCAGCGCCAAGCUGAGCGACAAGUCCCGCUACGACUACUUCGCCCGGACGGUGCCGCCCGACUUCUACCAGGCCAAGGCCAUGGCCGAGAUCCUGCGCUUCUUCAACUGGACGUACGUGUCCACGGUGGCGUCGGAGGGCGACUACGGCGAGACGGGCAUCGAGGCCUUCGAGCAGGAGGCCCGGCUGCGCAACAUCUGCAUCGCCACGGCCGAGAAGGUGGGCCGCUCCAACGCCAAGAAGUCGUACGACGCCGUGGUGCGGCAGCUCCUGCAGAAGCCCAACGCCCGGGUGGCGGUGCUGUUCAUGCGCAGCGACGACGCCCGCGAGCUGCUGGCCGCCGCCUCCCGCCUCAACGCCUCCCUCACCUGGAUCGCCAGCGACGGCUGGGGCGCCCAGGAGAGCAUCGUCAAGGGCAACGAGAGGGCGGCGGACGGGGCCAUCACCCUGGAGCUGGCCGCCCACCCCGUGGCGGAGUUCAACCGCUACUUCCAGAGCCUCCGCCCCCUCAGGAACAGGCGCAACCCCUGGUUCAGGGACUUCUGGGAGCAGAAGUUUCAGUGCUCCCUGGCGCCGGGCGGGGACGGGGCGAGGGACAGGGAGAGGGACAGGGAGAGGGAGCCGUGUGGGGCGGACCUGGCCAUCGACGACUCCAACUUCGAGCCGGAGUCCAAGAUCAUGUUCGUGGUGAACGCGGUGUACGCCAUGGCCCACGCCCUGCACGAGAUGCAGCGGACGCUGUGCGCCAACACCACGCGGCUCUGCGACGCCAUGAAAUCCCUGGACGGGAGGAAACUGUACAGGGACUACCUGCUCAACCUCAACUUCAAGGCUCCUUUCUCUCCUCCCGGGGUGGACAGCGUGGUGAAAUUCGACGCCUACGGCGACGGGUUGGGGCGCUACAACAUCUUCAACUACCAGCAGGGGGCGGGGAAGUACUCCUACGUGCAGGUGGGGGAGUGGGCGGAGUCGCUGAGCCUGAGCGGCGAGCUGAUUCGCUGGCCGCGGGAGGCGUCGGCCCCGCCCACCUCGCAGUGCAGCGACCCGUGCGCGCGCAACGAGAUGAAGAAGAUGCAGGCGGGCGAGUACUGCUGCUGGAUCUGCACGCCCUGCGAGGACCACGAGUACCUGGCCGACGAGUUCACCUGCGCCCCCUGCGGGGCGGGCCAGUGGCCCCGCCCGGACCUGACGGGCUGCUACGACCUGCCCGAGGACUACAUCAAGUGGGCGGACGCCUGGGCGGCGGGGCCCGUCGCCGUGGCCUGCGCCGGCUUCCUCAGCACCGCCCUGGUGGCCGCCGUGUUCGCCCGCCACAACGACACGCCGCUGGUCAAGGCGUCGGGCCGCGAGCUCUGCUACAUCCUGCUGCUGGGCGUCUUCAUGUGCCACGGCAUGACCUUCUUCUUCAUCGCCAAGCCGUCGCCCGCCACCUGCGCCAUGCGGCGGCUGGGGCUGGGCACGUCCUUCGCCGUGUGCUACGCGGCGCUGCUCACCAAGACCAACCGCAUCGCCCGCAUCUUCGGCGGCGGCGCCAGGGAGGGCGCCCAGCGGCCGCGCUUCAUCAGCCCCAGCUCGCAGGUCUUCAUCUGCCUGAGCCUGAUCUCCGUGCAGCUGGCGCUGGUGUCCGUCUGGCUGCUGCUGGAGGUGCCCGGCACGCGCCGCUUCACGCUGCCCGAGCGCCGGCAGACGGUGGUGCUCAAGUGCAGCGUGCGCGACUCCAGCAUGCUGCUCUCGCUCUCCUACGACGUGGUGCUGGUGGCGCUCUGCACCGUCUACGCCUUCAAGACGCGCAAGUGCCCCGAGAACUUCAACGAGGCCAAGUUCAUCGGCUUCACCAUGUACACCACCUGCAUCAUCUGGCUGGCCUUUCUGCCCAUCUUCUACGUCACCUCCAGCGACUACCGGGUGCAGACCACCACCAUGUGCAUUUCGGUCAGCCUGAGCGGCUUCGUGGUCCUGGGGUGCAUGUUCGCCCCCAAGGUGCACAUCAUCAUGUUCCAGCCGCAGAAGAACGUCACCAGCCACCGGCACAACCCCGCCCGGUUCAGCGUCAGCGGCCCCGCCACCACCUACUCUACUGCUUCCGCGGCUGCCCAGUACGUUCCCGCCAUCUGCAAUGGGAGGGAGAUCGUCGACUCCACCACGUCCUCCCUGUGACCUCCGCUUGACCCCUGACCCCAGCCCUUAGACUGUUAGCGAAUUUGCACAUAUUGUGCACCUCCUGUGAACUAGUACCAUUUAUGUAGAAAGUGUGUAUUAAAUUAUUUUUAAAGGCUGUACAUAGUAACUGACAUUGUUGUAGAGAGAGAGAGAGAAAAAAAGAAACAUUUCUAGGGGUGUUUUUCAGGACUUUUUUUGAUAGUUUUAUUAUGCGUUGUAAAUAACCAUGAACUCCAUUGUAAAAAUUCAUUUUUUUGAAUGGAUGUAGCAGGCAACCAACUCUCUGCUGCACUGGAAAUACUGAACAAAAGAUUUUGGUCUUUUUUUUUGUAGGCUUCAUUGUUACAAUUAAGUAUAUGCAUUUAUAUGUUGUAUAUAAUAUGUACAUUACUUUUAACUGAGGGUUAAACAGCACAAGUUGAUGAUAUUAAAAAAAUUGACAAGGCAUAAGAGAAACCUGACUGAAAUGCCCCAUUAACCAGUCAUGAUCGUGGAUAAUUACAAUAUUACCACAAGACCACAGAACAACAGCAAGCAGUCACAUGGUAACCUGGGUCAUGUCUUAGGCUAGGGCUGUUAAAAUCCAGUCUCGAAGGGCCACGGUGUCUGCAGGUAUUCGUGUUUACUUUCAAUCAGUAGCCAAUUAAGGCUUUGAGAAUAGGGUGAGUGUGGACUCUUUAGCCAAUUAAAUUAAUGACUUGUGUGUGGAGACACCAGCAGACACUGCGGCUCUCCAGGACUGGAGUUUGACACCCCUGCCAAAAAAAAAUGAAAACAGAGGUUGGCCUGCCAAAUUUAAAUGUGACCUUUAGUAAAAAUUUGAAUAUUUAAAAAAAAAAACUAAAAAAAAAUGGCUUUUUGUGCCUUAACUUGUGUCUCGUAGUUUUAUACUGAAGCUGUGUUACAUCGUCAGUCUGUACGCAUAUAGAAUGAAGAGACUGUACUUCUCCUUUGUAUGGGCUGGUUUGCAUUUGCGCUCGAUUUUUACGCUAUCGCUUAUUUUUUAGAGAAGCAGGUGCAUCGGUUAGAUUCAAAUUAUGCCGACUGCUGCUCAAACAACGGGCGAAAGAGUUGUGAGGAAAAAACGCGAAUGUCUGUGUUAUUAAUGUCAGGUAUUUAUAAAUGAAAACCUGUUGAAACUAGUCUUUAGAAGUGUCAGUUCUCAAACAAGGCCGUUGAGACAAAACAAAACCUGAGGCAAGAAGAAAACACGCAAAAGAAGAGUUCCCAAAGCCAUUCACAUUUAUUAAAUUAUCAUGACAACAAAUAACAGUUAUAAAUAGUCUUGACAUUACUUUGUACAACUCAGCUUUAAAGUACUACACGAUACAAAAAAAUACAAAAAAAAGUGAACGUUGGUACUUGCGUAUCGGGAAACAUCGCCCUUGAGCUGUCUGUGAAUUGUCUUCCAAUGAAUCAAGCGUUGUCAAGCAGGGGCAAAGAAAGGGUCUUUUAAAACUCAACUGGAACACCUUCCCUUAACAUUUUCCUGCAUAUUUUUCACGGCAAGGAACCCAGCCAACGCACCGCGCUCUCCCAAUGUUACCGGAACGUUUCGUCAAUGUUAUAACAUUGCCACUACAUGACUGCAACAUUGUGAGACCGUUUUGUGUUAGCUGGGUUUUGUGUGACCUAAUGACGACUAAAUUGAAAAAAACCUUAAAACACUCAUGUCAGUACUGAAAAAUUGUCCCUCGCUGCGUAGCAUUACUAGGGGGGUAAACUCAAGCCUGACAUCCUUGUCCUGAUAUGCUUUAUGAACAUUUCCAAAUGUUUUCAUUAGUCUGUAAAUGACGAGAAAUGCCUGUAUUUGUAAUG